AUGGGCAAAUCAACUCGAAUUGGCUGGAUGGGAUACGCUCCUGUUUUCAACCCCGAUGCGCAGAAACUCCUCGCCCCGUGGAAUCCUCGAAAUCGACCUCCAGCUUCGUUCACCGGAUCUGAUGACUUUAUGGCAAAAUUUAGAGAGACGGGGAAGAUUCCUUCUACUGGCGCAUCCGGAUCUUCCAGUUCCUCCUACACCCGUCCAAGUUAUUCAUCUCCAGGCGCUUCGAGGACUUCUCCGCCACGGUCACAGCAAAAUCAGUUCAGAAAAUCUUCGCCACCCCAAAAAUACGGCAGCCGACACAACCAGCCCCGUCGAUCUCAGCCCCCGCAAUACCAGCGUCGGCAAAAUCAAUCGCAGCGCAGUCCAUAUCAGCAGCCAGCUCGAUCGAACCCUUACGGUUCUUCAAGAAGAUCCACUUCUUCUUACAAUAACAAUAAUCGAGUUUACAAUCCUCCUCAAAGAAACCGUCAGCCUUAUCAGCAGCAACGAACAACGAGCCCUUCAUAUUCUCGAAAUAAAUAUUCCGGCUCAAGAUCUCAAUACGGAAAUGGAAGAAAUGCAGUUCGCAGAUAUGGUGGAUCUGCAGGAGGAAGACCUGGUAAUACCUACCAAAAUCGAAUGGCGCGAUAUCGAGGAUAA